CACAGAAACCGGUCGGCACGCACCGAACCGAUCACACUCAUCGCGGACCACACACAGUGGGAUGGGCAGGCGACACACCCAUCCAUGCAUCCAUCCAUGCAUCCAUCCUCGGAAACGCCACAGCUCGCUCGCAUCGACAAAUUCAAGCAUUUUGCAAGCAAGGACCGAACAAACACUCAGCUCACUCACUGCCAGCAAGCCACCCUUUCCUUGCAAAGUCACCUCCCGGGCCGCGUCAGGGCAUCCAAGUCAAUGGCUGCAUCCCGCCCCUCCUGGUGUCCGUUGACAAGUAUGUCAACCAGGAUAUCCACAUCCUCAUGAUCACCCCCCCCACCACCACCACCACCAGCAGCUGGUGGGGCGGCGGUGGGAGGCGGCCGAUUACUCACUCCGACAUCGUCUCGUCGUCUUUGGGGCGACGACGAGGGAGACGGGGCGGCCUUACAGGGGGUUGAUGGCGAGACACCUCUCGCUGAGGCUGAAUAGCCUGCCGCCCGUGCAAAGGGAGACGUGAACGGAGAGUGGCCGCAGUUGCGGGAUGGGAGAGGGGGCUGAGCGGACGAAUCGCGAGCCAGCUGCAUAAAGUGAGAGACGUGCAUGGAGCAAUCAGUACGUGUGUCGUGUCGUUACAGUACUUGGUGUUGCCUGUGUGCCUGGCCUACUCUAUAUCCCCUAGCCAUCCUGCGGAUGUAUUCAGGCAGCCGGCGGACCUUCGGAUGGAAGCUGCACUCACGGACCUGCACAGCACAGCACGACGGGCAAACACGGCAGAUCGACAUAAAAGAGAGACAGACAUGCACACACACACACACGCGACGCGACGCGAAUGCAGGCAGGUAGGCAGGGUGUCUUUGUUUUUUGUCACCUCCUGUUCGUCCCUCUGUCUCCUGAAUGUCUCCGCGGCCUUGUUGCGGAUGCACUGCUCCUUCUGCAGACGCUCCAUGUAGCGCGAGGCCGUCUUAACACGGCGCAAAUCGCUGCAUCCAUGGCGCACAUCACGGGAGUGAGUGGGGGUGUCCUUGACUGGUUUUUCCUUCCCUCACGUGAGCGAUGAGUGUGCCUUGUGGCGGGAGGCGUUGAGCUCGGGCUGAGCAGAGAGACAGUCAAGCCAUUAGUAGAAAGAGCUCUACUCAGUAAAGGUCAAUCGUCCAUCCGUGUGCAUCACCACGAAUGAGAGCUGCUGAUCCACAAGACGCUCCUGUGCAGCCCUCCUCUCCAUCUGGAUUGAGCAGCAAUUGUGGAGGACAUAGUAUAUUGAUUGCCUUAUCACACGUCGACGCGUAAGCACACGGCACAUGGCUUACGAGUUUCUGUUCCCGUCUCAGCCUGUCGCCGUAGCUCAUGGACACCACACCACGCUCACCCCUCGCUUGACUCAUCCUGCAUCGCAUCGCAUCGCAUCGCACACACAAAAGACACACAAAUACACACACGCACAUAUACACAUACACAUACACGGGCAGAGCAUACCAAUGUCUUAAGGGGAGCUCUGUCCUACCUACCUGUUGAUGGUUGGCGCAAACCAGUCAGCAUCCGCCUCACGCAGCCGUGCCUCCUCCCGUCGCUUCUUCCACUGCACCCUCACAGCCUCCAGCUGCAGACGAUCCAUGUGACCCAGGCGCGGCGGCGGAGGGCUCACAUCGCGCCCCUUGUCGCUGCCCCAGAAGGGGGCCAAGGCAAUGGUGUCUGGUGGUGGUGGUUUCAGCUCUGGCUGCUUCUUGGUCAGUCCUGUCUGUGCCGCCCAUUGCCGCCACUGGUGGCUGCGGCGGCUGGCCACACGCUGGGACACCUGGCUGAUGGUGGGCUUGUGGGAAGCUGAAAGAAUAAGGAAAAGGCACACAUCCGCGGAUCGAGGUGUGGGUGUGGGUGUGCGCUAACUUACGCUGUCCUUGCUUAGCGAGGUGCUGCAGCCGCUUCAUGCGGAGGUGCUCGUGUACGUUCUGCCGAUAGAGAAACCCGAAGAAUAUCUUCUGCGCCUCGUCCUCGCUAUAAGUGGCCGUCGACCGGGAGGCCUCCCCAGGCAUCAUGUCGCCAUCCCCGCCGUCACCCUGCCCCUCAGGCGGCCCUCCCCCCUUCCCUCGGGGAGGGGCAGAAUCUGUGCACAUCGACAUGGGAUGCGAGAAGCAUGUCGAUUGGAGAAUCCUUAGGUCGCGUGUUGGGUGACCCUUGUGCGCACCUGGUCGUUUGGAUCUGCUGGGUGUGAACUCAGUGAGUCGGGUGACGGGGUGAAGCCUCAGAUACGACCGCGCCAUCACCAUCUCGGCGGGAGGCUCCUUCACCUGACACACAAACGCAUGGAUCGCAUCAUGCACACACACAUGCACUCACUCACAUGCACUCACUCGCCACACGUACGUCAUCCCCAUCCACUGACCUUCGGUGUGAAGGUGCAUUCUUUGACGGCGUCGCUCAUUGCCUGAUGUCUCCUCCUCUCCCGGUAGCUCUCACUCAGGGCAGCGGACCGCGCAGCAGCGUCCUUCCGCCACCCAAACAGCACCCUGGCGCCCUUCUUGCCACCAUCCACCACCUCAACGUUGGCACGGGGCGGUGAGGGCGAGGUUGGCGGCGAGGGUUCGGGGGAUGGGGGGAGGGAGAGGGUGAUGGGGCGCUGCAGGAGAGGCUGCGCUGUGUCUUCUUGUUCAUCUCGUUUUUGCAGGUUGGAGUGCAGGGCGGGGACUUUCCUUUGGGAUGGCAGGAUGUUUGGGUGGAAGGUGCAGUAGCGGUCCACCUCCGUCUGUAGGCAUAACAUAACAUACACUCACGGCAAGGACGGCCAAUGGAUGUGUUCGUGUCGGUGAGGAAUGAGAGUGUGCUCACGUUUUCCCUUCGUUUGGUGAGGUGUGAUUGUGCGAUCUGGCAGCGAUCCACAACCUGAAUGUACUGUCGCUUCGGCUGCGAAGACACGCCACAUCAGUGGAUGUGAUUGAUACACACAUGUGUCUCCCUCCCCUGACCUCGGCGAGCCGCUGGAGCAGUUGGCUGACGUUCACCUUGAAGGUGGCAGGCCGGGCGGGGGGCCGCUGCGUGCCGCCCUGGUUACUGAACUGCAAUGGCACUCUAAAUGGCUGAAACGAACACGCCUCAAGCUCUUUCUCGUCCCUGCAGACAGACAGCCAGCAUAACACACACCAUGAACUCCGGUCCGGUUUCCCUCCAUCCCUCCGUCCUUUGAAUGCACCGCACUUUCUCUUGACGCGAUCCAGCUGCUUUUGUUGCUUGCGAACCUGAAGGAAAGGAGAAAUAGACAGUCAUCGUCACCCCCAUGUAGUAUCGAUGCUCACGCUCCACAUUUCUUGUCUCUCAAAGAACGAUGUCUCCUCCACAAAUCGAGACACGGGCCGCCUCACCGGCCGCUCCGCCUCUCUCUUCUUCCCAGCAGCACCCCCCAUCCGUGCGGCGUAGGCCAGCACCUUCUGCACGCCCCCAGUGUGUGUCCCCCCUGCCAGCGACACUGAUGCCGAGUAGGAAUGUGUGGCGCUCACGGCCACCGACGGCAACAGUGACGGCGCGUCCUCUGUGCGAGUGGAAGGAAGAGUUUUCGACGGAGGGGUGUGGACCACAACGGGUGGUGGAGAUCUCGGUAUGCCUUGAGUGGUGGGUGCUGGUGCCACCGUCUCUGCAGCCCGUCUUUCCUCCUGCACCGAAGGCCCCCCUUCUGAUGUCGGCUCUUCCAUUGGUAAACUAUGAUCCUCUGCUGGCUCCUGGCUUGGCUGCUGCUGCUGCUGCUGCUGAUGCUGCUGCUGUUGUGCGCUGUGCGUUGUCGGCUGCAGAUAGCCGAACGGCGCCGCUUGGCUCGCAGAAGGCUCCCCAGCAGAUGUUUGUGAUAAUCGGCUGUCGGCCUGUGUGUAGGGCGGAGGGAGGGCUGAAACAGGUGCCGAGGGGGAAGCGGAUGGGGGGCUGCAAUGACCUGCAGAGAAGCAGGCAGAGGAACGUGUGUCCGUUGGUCCAAACGAAUCCGCUAAAUUAAAUGCGCACUCACCUGGUUGCUGUUUUUCCGUUUCUGCGAUGAUUUCCUCCGCAUCGGCACAGCUCAGGAGAGGCGGCAGACCCAUCCCAUCAUCGGCCUCAUCGCCAGGGACAGCCACCAAGGCCAUGCCGUCUCCCUCGGAGUCCCCCAUCUGCAUGUCUGCAUGAUCCACAUCCCAGUCGUGCAUGUGGUCGUCCAGCGCAUACGCAAGUGCCACGUCCACGUCAACCUCCUCCUCAAUGCCGCCAGCACCCUCAGCCGCAUCAUGCGCAAAAUCACCGCGGUCCGCAAAAGCGACAGGGAGUUGAGACGGGUCAGCAGGGCCUGGCGAGGAAGGAAGGCCGGUCCCCAGGGGGUACUCACGAGCAAACUGUUGCAUCAAAUCAAAAGACG